UAAACGAGGUGUUAUCAAUUCAGUACCAAGUAUGCUCUGUUAGUGUGCCGAGGCCCUGUGCUUGACCAAGACCUAGUGCCAAGAUCAAGAAAUAGUAAAUCGUGGAAGAAAGUUGAAUUACAAUUUAGAUGAAAAGAAUUUGUAUGAAGGAUAUCGUGAAAGCUUAAAAUGCACUCGAAAAUUCUGUUCGGUCUGUUGGCAUUAGCAGUGCUUGCGGCACAAGCGCCCGCAACUGAUGGCGCCAAAAUACUUGCGGUCUACGCGUUUCCGGGCAAGAGUCACUAUAUGAUGCAUCGUGUGUUGAUUAACGAGCUGAUAAAGCACGGACAUGAGAUCACCAUGAUAACGGCAUUCACACUGGAGCCACAAAAGUUGGGCAGCAACUACACGGAGAUACUUAUUGAACCGGUUUACGAUUUUUGGGCGGAGAUACACAGCACAUUCGGAGGCAAAUCGAUUUACGAUAUGGGCAAUGAUAUAUCCGUAUUCAUAAAAAUGUGUGAACUUCUGGGACUCUCAACCACAGAGCAUGCGCUAAAGCAACCGAAGAUACAAGCUAUAAUCAACGCAAAGCAAACACACGGUGUUUAUGAUCUAUUGUUGGUCGAACAGUUCUAUCAAGAUGCAUUCUUGGCCUUAGCGCAUGUCUACAAUAUACCCGUUGUAAGCUCAGCAACAUUUGCACAACAACAGUUUAUGAGUCAAAUGUUCGGCAUUGUAACGCCCUGGUCAUACGUACCGCAUGGCUUUCUCCCAUUAACAGAACAUAUGAACUUUAUAGAGCGCGUACAGAACUCGUACUACUCAUUGCGCACGGAUUUGGAACGUGAGUUUUCUUAUUUUCCGAAAAUGGAUGUGCUGGUGCAGAAAUACUUCGGACACUUGCCAAUCAACUUCCCCAGUAUCUCCGAAAUGAAUAAGAAUCUCUCGGCUGUAUUGAUCAACAACUAUACACCGUUAUCGUCAGCGGGUCCUACGAUCGAUAGCAUGAUCAAUGUUGGUGGUAUGCACAUCUAUCCACCGAAACAAUUGCCCGCAGACAUACAGCAGUUCCUCGAUGAUGCCGAACAUGGCGCCAUUUAUUUCAGUUUGGGCAGUCAAGUGCAGAGUAAAGAUAUGCCGCUGGAGAAAUUACAAAUCUUCCUCAAAGUAUUCGGUCAGCUGAAUCAGCGUGUGUUGUGGAAGUUUGAAAACGAUAGCAUUGCGAAUUUACCUUCGAAUGUUAUGGUAAAGAAGUGGAUGCCACAAAACGAUAUACUGGCACACCCUAAUGUACGUGUUUUCAUUGCGCACGGCGGUCUCUUCGGUACACAGGAGGCUAUCUACCAUGCAGUACCCAUUCUCGGCAUGCCCUUCUACUGCGAUCAGCACCUAAAUUUGAGGAAAGCCGAGGCCUAUGGUUACGCCAUCAUGUUGGACUUCCAUACGCUCACAAGCGAACAAUUAAAGAAUGGCCUACAAGAAUUGAUCUACAACCGUACAUAUCGUGACAAUAUCAAACGCUUCUCAAACAUUUUCCACGAUCGUCCAUUGGGCGCACGUGAGACGGCGCUCUACUGGAUCGAUUAUGUCAUACGUCACAAGGGCGCGCGGCACUUACGCGCUGCUGGUCUCGACUUGAAGUGGUAUCAAUUCUAUUUGUUGGAUGUGAUCGCUUUGGUGUUUGCUGCGGUUGCAGUUGCGUUUGGAGUUCUUGUUUUGUUGGUACGCUGGAUCUUGCGUCGAAUCAGCGGUGAACAGAUCAAACAAAAAGUGAAUUAGUGUAAUGUUGUUGUUUUAGAAAAUUAAUUAGUUUCUUUAUAUGUAUGUUAAAUUGUUUUCGAGCUAAUAGUUUCAAAUAAAGAGUAGAAAAGAGUAA